AUGUGCACGGUGGCAAUGGUUGCUGUCUGGGCCAUCAGACCUGGCUGCCAUAGUGUAGCAGCAGAAGCUUCAGAUGGUGAAGAAGGAGGAGGAGACACCGAGAUGGCACAGCAGGAGACAGCUCCAAUUCCUGCCCUGUCCAAGAAAACCAAGCAGCCUAAAGAAUGUUUCUUUGUACAACCAAAGGAAACAAAAGAGGAGGCCAAGAAGACCAGGAAGAGGAAAAAGAAGAAAAUUACUGAUGUUCUUGCAAAAUCAGAACCCAAACCAGGUACCCCUGAAGACCUACAGAAGCUGAUGAAGGACUAUUACAGCAGCAACCGCUCAGUGAUUGAGUUAGAAGAACUGAAGCUACCAGACUCCUGUUUCCUCAAAGCCAAUGACUUAACUCACAGUCUCUCAUCCUACCUGAAGGAAAUCUGCCCUAAGUGGGCAAAACUUCGGAAAAACCACAGUGAGAAAAAAUCAGUUGUGAUGCUGGUUAUUUGCAGCUCUGCCACCCGUGCCUUGGAACUCAUCAGGUCAAUGACAGCAUUUAAAGGAGACAGCAAAGUUAUGAAAUUAUUUGCAAAACACAUAAAGAUCCAGGAGCAGAUCAAGUUGCUGGAGAAACAUGUGGUGUAUCUGGGUGUUGGAACUCCAGGGAGAAUUAAAGAACUUGUUAAACAAGGUGGCCUUAAUUUGAACCCUUUAAAGUUUCUGAUUUUUGAUUGGAAUUGGAGAGAUCAGAAGCUGAGGAGGCUGAUGGACAUUCCCGAGAUAAGAAAGGAGAUUUUUGAACUUCUGGAAAUGGGAGUACUCAGUCUGUGCAAAUCAGAAUCUUUAAAGCUGGGCCUUUUCUAAGUUUGGGUACAAGUAAAGAUCCUAAUUUACCAGUAGAACUUACAUCUCUGUAUAAUGACCUGGCACACUGGGAGCACUCAGUAAAUAUCAGCUACUAUUUUAU